AGUCGACGAGGGAGAACCGGAUCCAGCACGCGAUCCGCAAACGUCUCCCAACUCCUUCCUCUAACUCCACACGACUCAUUUUCCAUUCCAUUUCAUCUCUCUCUCUCUCUCUCUCUCUCUCUCUCUCUAUAAAUUUAAGACUUCCAUCCUCCACUUCUUGUCUAAAUGGGCUUCUUCUUCUUCCAAUUCUAGUAGUUGAAUUCUACCAGGUUGAGGCAAAUUGCUUUUUGUUAGGUUCUGAACGUCCCAUUGAUGAUCAUUGAGUGAAGAUGAGAACCUUUUCUUUAUCAAGAGUUCCCAGAUGUGGACUUUAUAACCUGGCUCAAUUUUGGGAUGACAACUUCAACAUUUUGAGUAGGACUUGUGGGUACAGUUAUAGUUCUAAGCCCCAAAGUUUCAAAAUUUAUGCACUUAAUGGAGGAAACAGUAGGAAAUGGACUAGAAGUCCUCUAACAACAAAUACAGAAGGAAGAAGCAAAACUGUCCAGCACAGGAAUCCGAGCACGAUUAGGCAUGAGUUGUUGGAUGCAACAGCUUCAACGAGUGCCACAGUAAAUAUAAAUAAGGUUGACACAAGUCAUUAUGAAAAGACUCAACACCAUGACAUUCGAGAAUUGAUUGCUGAUAAUGAAGAUUUAGCCAAUCUAGUGACAACUAUUAUAUUUGACAUUGAAACUACUGGUUUUAGUAGAACAGAUGAUCGAAUCAUAGAGAUUGCACUUCAAGAUCUUCAAGGUGGUGAAAACAGUACUUUCCAGACACUGAUAAACCCUGAACGUGGAGUUCCAUGGAAUACAACCAAAAUUCACGGAAUUUCAACAGAUAUGGUCAGGAAACCUGGUGUUCCGAGGAUGAAGGAACUUAUACCAAUCUUACUCAGCUAUAUCAGAAGCCGCCAAAAGCCGGGAGGUUAUGUAAUGUUGGUUGCUCACAAUGGUCGUAGUUUUGAUGUGCCCUUUCUCCGUAGUGAAUUCUUUCGUUGCGGUGAAAAGUUCCCUUCAAACUGGCUCUUUGCAGACAGCCUUAUUAUGGCACGGAAAGCAAUGAAGUCUACAGGAUCAGAAUCUUCUUCGAAAUCUUUAAAACUGCAAGACCUUCGAGUUCACCUUGGGAUCCCAUUGGUUGGUUCAGCUCACAGAGCCAUGUCAGAUGUGGUAGUAUUGUCAAAAGUGUUUCCAAUGUUAACUUAUAUUCUGAAACAGACACUUGCCAAAGUCAUAGUUGAACAAUCUUUCUUACUCUCGGACAUCGACAAUGCGAAGAAGAAGAAGAGUUCUAGGUAGGAUAAGCCCCUGCUUGGUUUAUUUGCAACUUUAUCAAAUGACCUAGUGGCAGGAUAAUAUGGGAUGCCUCUUGAAGAGCUUGAGGUUAGAUAUCAAGAUUCCUUGGGGAUGUCAAUGACCCCAAUUAGGGUAGGGUUGAAAAGAAAAAUGUUGUAAUUUUAAUACAUUCAUACAGAUAGUCAUUCAUUCAAUCACCACAAUAAACUGAUGUAUGUUGAAUUGGAUUUACAAUGACAGAACAAUAAACUUCCUCACUGCACCAGAAUCUGUGGA